AUGCCCGUCACGGUACGAGUAGCGCGGCACGACGCCGGGCCCUGGCCGGCGGGUUGGCAGCCGCCGACGGCCACAGCAUCGUCGUCGUCGUCGUCGCCGCCGCCGACAUCGCAAUCGGUGCUGACUACGCUCAACCACAAGAAACAGGACGAGAUCGGCGCCGUCCUCCAGACGGCCCUGGGCCCGCAGACAUCGCUCCCCGACGCCCGGCUCCAGGACAUGCGCCUCCGCGUGCAGGACCACGGGCUCGUGCGCGCCGCCCUCGAGGCCUACAACUACCACCACCACCUAGUGCUGCGGCCGGAGGACGUGUGGUUCGCAGUUCUGACGCAGUUCAGCUUCUUCGUCAACGCGCACGCCGAGGAGCUGCGCAGCGUCGACCCGGAUCAGCCGGAUAUGGGCCUGAUGUGCCGCAACAUGACGAAACUGAUCGACGCCAACGUCGUGGACCCCGAGCUGCGCGCGUGGAUUAUGCCGGCCUUCUCGACCACGACCAUGCACGACGAGGUUGUCGCGUCUGUCAUCAUGAUGGGCACCUUGCAGAAGUACUUCGACUACGCCUUCGACUGCUCUUGCUGCGGCAUUCCGACCGUCACACUGCUCGGCGAGCGCAGCGACUGGGAGGACAUCCAGCGGCGCAUCGAGAAGUUGUCCGACAGCGAGUCUCGUUUAAAGCCCACCAUAGAGCAGAGCAAAAACCUUGAAAAGGCAUCAGCACCCUCCAACAAAUCCACCUCCGACGGAAAAGGCACCUCAAACAACCAGAUUCUAGACACCUUACGACCCGUGACAGGCUGGUGGAUAUACAAGGUCAAAGACAGCAAAAACUCAGGCACAAGUCGCGAUGAAUUCUACACGACGAAGAUGGCAGGCGAUUGGAAUGGCCAAACUAGCACAGGUUACGUCAAUCACAAGCCCAGCACGGUGGAGCUGUCCGUUGAAGACGCAGAUGGCCAAGUCGGAAUUGAUGGAGAAGAAGGCAGAGCUCACUCUUCCCGCUGUUGAACGAAGUCAGGGGCGUAAUUAUCGCAAGUCCGGUCACUAAUUAUUAUGAAACCUCGGACAAGCUCUGGCGGGGCUGCUAGGCAGCACCAGUCUUGUGAUUGGCAAACACUUUCGAUGUAAGCAAAUCAGACUUUGUAGCUAGCUUGAAAAGGCUUGAUUGAUAACUCAACUUUGACGCGCCAAUCGGAACCGGCUUGUG